UCUAAAGUUAAUAAUCAAAAUCCAUCUUUUUGUUUCCCAAAUAUCCUAUGAUCGAAAAAUGUAAAUUCUUGCCUAUUAAAUUUUCUAAAGCAAAAGUUGGGAUUUCCUUGUUUGUAAUUCAACCUGCCACUCAAUCCAGCUGUAUAGAUUAAUUAUUUGAAAACUUAGAGAGCUCAUGGAUUUUCAUAAUAAAAAAAAGAAAAAGAAAAAACCAAUCCUGGUCAAAAUGGAAUACUUUUGUGUAAGUUAAGAAAGAUUCCCACCCAGAAACGGACAAGUGAUGACUCAUUUUUCUACUCCAAAAUUUCAUUUAUAUUACUCAAAUGUUGCAGGUUCAUCAACAACAUCCCUCCCGUCCUCCCUCUCUCAAGAAUCUCAACCAUGACCAUGAGUACUAUUUUCACCCUUCUUCUAUUCCUUCUCUGUGUCUUCUUUCUCCUAGUCAAGAGGAGAAGAUCAUCACAGAGGCUCCCACCAGGAUCAUUAGGAUUUCCCCUCAUAGGUCAAAGCCUUUGCCUUCUCCGGGCAAUGAGAGCCAAUACUGCUGAAAGAUGGCUUGAAGAAAGAGUAAGAAAGUAUGGUCCAAUUUCAAAGCUAAGCCUCUUUGGCAAACCUACAGUUUUUAUCUAUGGUCAAGCUGCAAACAAGUUUUUAUUCACUAGCAGCACAAUCGGUAACCAACAGGUACAUUCAGUUAAGAUGAUAUUGGGCGAAAGAAAUCUGUUGGAACUCAGCGGUGAAGAUCAUAAACGCGUUAGAAGCGCUAUUGUAUCAUUCUUAAAGCCAGAAUGUCUAAAGCAAUAUGUUGGGAAGAUGGAUGAAGAAAUCGGGAAACACCUUCAGAUGCAUUGGGAAGGCAAGCAAGAGGUCAAGGUGCUGCCCCUGAUGAAGACACUUACAUUCAACUUAAUUUGCUCUCUUCUGUUUGGGCUGGAACAUGGAGCACGGAGAGAUCAAUUCGUUGAAUACUUCCAAGAGAUGAUAGAAGGAAUGUGGUCAAUCCCGGUUAACUUGCCCUUCACACGCUAUAACCGCAGCCUCCAGGCGAGUGCAAAGGUUCAAAAGAUGGUGACAGCCCUUAUACGCGAUAAAAGGGUUGAACUUGAGCAGAAGGGCACUUCAUCCAACCAAGAUCUCAUCACUUGCUUGCUCAGCCUCCGCAAGGAAGAUAACAAAGAAGUAAUGUCUGAAAAUGAGAUUGUGCACAAUAUCAUGCUUGUCAUGGUUGCUGGGCAUGACACUUCAUCUAUCGUGAUUACUUUCUUUGUGCAAAUUCUAGCUAACAAUUCAACUGUAUAUGCAGCUGUUCUACAAGAACAAGAAGAGAUAGCAAAAAGCAAGUCUCCAGGGGAGUUAUUAACAUGGGAAGACCUUUCCAAGAUGAAGUACUCAUGGAGAGUAGCAAUGGAGACCAUGAGAAUGUUUCCUCCCAUCUUUGGAGGCUUCAGGAAGACACUGAAAGACAUUGAGUAUGGUGGCUACCUCAUUCCUAAAGGAUGGCAAGUAUUUUGGGCUGCAAACAUGACUCACAUGGACACUAGCAUAUUUCAAGAACCAACAAAGUUCAAGCCAGCACGAUUUGAGAACCAAGCAUCCAUUCCUCCUUACUGCUUUGUUGCAUUUGGAGGGGGUCCUCGUAUUUGUCCAGGAUACGAAUUUGCAAGGAUUGAGACUCUAGUCACAAUCCAUUAUCUGGUCACCCGAUUCUCGUGGAAGCUAUGCUGCAAUGACAAUUUCUUCAGUAGGGAUCCAACGCCGGUACCUACUCAAGGACUUCCAAUCAAAAUUAUGUCAAAGAAACUACUGUGACAUGGAUCAAAUUGUGAGAGCUACUCAGAAGAAAUGACUGAAGAAUGUUGUGGAUUAUAAACUGUGUAUGAGCUAAAAAAAAAAAAAAAAAAGACUAAUAAAAAGAGAGAGAAGCAACAUAAGUUCUUCCGCAUUCCAGUUCUGUUAUAUGUGGUUUCGAACAAGCUCAUGAAAUUGUUUUUGUGGUCGGAGACGAGUGUGUUGAAAAUCAGUUUAGGGGAGGUUGUUCUUGACAUUUCACACAUUUCAUCUACUCUUUUCUUUCUUUUUCCUCAUUCCUGGUUUUUAAGAAAAUAAUUCAGGAGAGUUUUGUAUAA